CAUCAUCAUCAUCAUCAUCAUCAGUCGAGUACCCUUCGGACAUUUCCUAUAAGAAGUUUUACAUUGCCCCAAAAUAAUAUCAAAAACACAUUUCAGUCGUCAUGUCAACUAUAUCCUCGCCCCGCCCUUCCAUAUCAUCUGCUCGAACCCCUACACCGACUGGAUCCCGUCGACCGUCUGUCGAAACCAACAGCUUGGCAGCAAGCAACACCUCCAACCCUAUGGCCAAAGCCACUUCCCCAUCUCUUGCACAUCGGAGAAACCGAGCUGCGCUGCGAGAUUAUUAUAAUCUCCGGCCUACUGGUCCUGAGCCGUCUCAACCCAGCCAAGCUCGACCCCGAAGCAUAUCCCCUAGCGUAACCUCCCACGAUCCCACAACCCACCCGUCCCUUCCUGCAACGCACGCUGAACUCGACAGCCCCAACUUCGAUCCAUCUGCCUACAUUUCCCACUUACUAUCCACUUCCUCCCUCUCAGCGAUUCUCAAGGCAGAAAAUUCGCUAAUCAGUGAUAUCCGGACGCUUGAUGGCGAGCGGAAAGCACUUGUAUACGAUAACUACUCGAAACUGAUAAAGGCUGUGGAGACCAUUGGAAAGAUGCGGGCUAGUAUCGAGGAGAGAGGCCAGCCUGUGAUCAUGACGAAGACGCUAACCCCCGCAGUCGGGUUUGUGGCAGAAACUGCUGCGGCGCUGAUUCAGGAACAGGAGAAAUCUCUGCUGGAGCGGGAUGAUCCGAAGGAGGAGCCUCACGGUGACCUGGAUCGGGAGAGGGAGACUGUGAGAUGGGCUCUCGCUAGCCCUACGCGGCUUAAGGAGUUGCUGGAUGAUGGCAAGAGAGAAGAGGCGGAAAGAGACUGGAAGGAGAUAGAAAGACUACUGGUGAAGUGGAAAGGGGUGAAAGGGGUUGAUAAGUUAAGAACGGCCUGUGAAGAGAUCAUGGGGAAAGGCGAAUAGGUUUCUCUGGGCAGACAUCAUUGUCUGAUCUGUCACAACUACGCGACACUGCGGCAUUGCAGAGUUGAUCCUUCUAUGCCACAACUCCCGUAGUGGAUGAGACGGCCACAUCCGGCUGUUAGAAAUCGACAAGUUCCCAUGAGCGGUGUCAAUCAACUGGUUAAAUACCGCGGGGGUGAUUUCAGCAUUGGCUCAGAGCAUCCAUGGCCUUUAGCGCCUUUCCGAGGUUGGCUUCAUGAUAAGCAUUGCUCGGAUGACCAAGCGGCACAAGCUCUCGGAAACACGUAUGCGAGCGCCCUUUAUCAAUAGAAAUGCCGAUCCCGAAUAUCAAGGGAGAAAGAAGAUAUUUGUAAUUACAUCACGUAUCGCUACGUACCCCGAAGGUCCAUAUACCCCGUAUAACGUCAAGCCAAAAGUUACUAUUAAAUAUACCAUGAUAACACAAACUUCGCCCUAUUCAACCUAGUUACCUGUUGUUCGCCAAAAUCUCCGUGCUAGAAUGCAUACUCUGCUUCAGUCCGAACGGAUUACUAUUCAUAAUACCCAGGUAAGUGUAUGCAUCACACUUGUAGUAAAUCGGCGCCCAUCCUUGCCCGCUCCGGAAGAGUCCCAACUGCUUCAUGCUCAUAAGCACCCUCAUGAUAUCCGCCUUAUCGUCAAAAUCAGCCGUAUACACGCAAAUAAGUCUUGGUCUGUUAGCAUCUCCAGAUCUCGACCCACCACAUUCUGUCGCGACUUUUGCACCUAUACCCAGCUGCCCACGCGCGGUCGAUUCCGCAACGAUCCCCCAAACCAUAUCCACUCGUCUCACGGAUGGGAACAGCAUCCAUUUGCCUGAUAUAAUCUUGUUCGCACGUGCGGCUUCCAAGAUCUCUGCAUCGAGUAUGCGGCACUGCAUACUGAUUCUCUGCUCCAACAAAUACUGUGGUCUGUCAUGGAAUUCAGCGCGCAGGGCCUCUCUUUUAUCAUUGAAGGCCUGCAGCAGCUCUGCGCCGCGGUCUUUGAAGUUGCUAAUGUCUUCGUUUGAAUAUGGUACUGGAUUACAAAUGGCAGGGUUUUUGAUGUAUAUCCAUGGACCUACGGAGGAAGCGGUGGUAGUCCUCGGUGAUAGACGGGCGAGGAAUUGCGGAAUGGUCUCUGUUUUCGAGCGGUGGGGGCUGCUGGGUGUUGGUGUCUGGUUAUGGUAGUUGAUACUAGGUUCAUUCCCUGUGCCUUCUAGUUCUUCCUUGGUAUCGAUGUCGAUGUCCAUCAUGUCCACGUCCAUGUUCGUAUCCAGGUUUCGCUGCUGGGCGGCGAUUGUCGCUAGAGAUUUUGGAUGGAUUGAUUUCCAAUAGUGAUGCACGCUGAAGUUGGAUACUUGCUCCUCAAGCGUUGCGAUUUGAUUGUCAUCUCCUGUGAUGUCUUGUGUAAGCUACUUUCCAACCUCUUGGAUUUUAAUGAACGCACCGUAGAAGCUCGAUUCAUCAGAGAUGUAACCCUCUGUGGUCGCCUUGGGUAAUAUUUCCACAUCGCGUUGUGGCAGAGGUCGCAUUGGGAAGGUA